AUGGCUUCUCAGGUCUCAGCGCCGCUGCUACGACAAAGCGACGAUGGCGAUAACUUGACGGCAGAUGUUCGAGAACAUCAGACUCGCACCCAGGAAGGCGCUGGAGAAUUGCGAGAGAGUUAUGAUCCACCCAUGCACUCUGAGAAGGUACCAGCAUCUGGAGAGCCUCCAAAAAGACUUGAAGGGGCAAUCGCCGACAUAAUUUGGGCUCUUAUGUGCCUCAGCCUUCCUAUGCUUGUGUUGACAGGCAUCUUCAUCGGCCUUGUGUAUGGCUAUGAGGUAUCCAACAGCCCCGAGGAUGCUGCGAACUUGCUAGGCAUUUCGUCCGCACGAAACAAGUCAGCAUACUACGUUGAUUUCAGUGCUACACGACUGAUCACGGUCUCGUCUUGGACCAGCACUGUCACGUCGCUCACGUCGGCGUUUGUUAUGGUUCUGACCUCCUAUCCUCUUGCAAAGGAUUAUAUCAAGAGAUCGAACUUGGGACAAGUCGACACACUUCCUACGGUCUAUCAGUUCAAGUUGAUCAUAGGUCUACUUGGAGGAGGGAUCGGACCGCUCUGGUCAUGGCUACAGUACUGUUUCUGGAAGCGGCGAAACAAGCAGACCAAACUCUUGUGGAUGACUGUCGUGAGUCUAUUGGCAGCCACUGUUUUGAGCAUCGCGAUCGUUGCGGUCGAUACGUGGCUCCAUGUCACUACCUCGACGGUGGAAUUAGACAUCCUUUCACCACCCGCAUCUACGCCGUCCGCCAGCUACGGCCGUGGUCUCAUACCCCUCUGCUAUAACCAAACAUGGACGCCUGGGGACCUUAACCAAUGUAUAGGAGGCUUACAACUGCCGGGAUCCAUCCACUUCGAUAGUGUUUCAGAGGCAACUCGCACCUCCAUGAAUCUGUCCACGACCAACAGCGUGUUGACCACCACAAUAGACAACAUGCACUUCGCCUUUCUCACGUCGGCACAACGUGACUCCAGUCUUGACUUUAGGGCCCGCACGUACGCCAUGAGUACCACAUGUUCCCCAGCCAGCAAAGCUUGCGACCUUCAGCAGAUCCAGUGGUGCCAAUACAACGGCGGUUGUGCCCUCGGGGAAGUCCAGAUGACACUGGGGAUGACCUACAACUGCAGCCCCAGCCUCUAUGGAGACAUCAACAACAACACCGGCUUCACCUACGAGGCUGGAAACGGCAGUUCGUUCGGGACCAGCAGUAACAUCGGCUUCUUCCUACAAAUGUUCCGAAAACACGGAUUUGCGGACCCCAUCGGGACUGUAGACGGGGAGUUAGCGACGCCCAAUCCAUUCUACUUCGCUGCCGGCGGCCGGGUCGCCACUUCAGAUGCGCUCUCUCAGGAUCCCGAAGCCGUGGAAGACGACGAUCAAUACAAUUACGCCUUCAUUUUCCAAUGCACCUCUGCGGUCUACGAGCUGGAGUACGCAUCCAUCGACGGCAACGUUGGGGAGGGCAAUUACUCCAUGGCGAACGAGUCCUUGUCCAACAAUGUGGGCUGGGCCCUGCUCGAGAGCCGCGCCCUCGUUCAGAACUCGCUCGAGUCGGCCUUCUUCAGCGGGGCUCAGCAGGUCAAUACGUCUCAGGCUUUCGCAGAUUACUUUGCCCAGCAGUUCAGCAAGUCCGCGGUGAGCAUGAUUGCCGGGAUCACGGUCGGGAGACGGAACGUCGCCGAGCAAACGAGACGAAGUCGACUCGUCGCCCGGCUCCCGAAAGCCCCCUUCUUCACGUUGGUCGUCUUGAAUCUGCUGUACGCACUGCUGGGCAUCAUGCUCGCCGGCAUGGCCAUCGCAAGUCAGCCCAGGAAGACACGGGACGUGCAAGCACGGCUGAGCAUUGCCGGAUUGGUCGCUGCCUUGCUAGAGCCCAAUGGCGCAGGCCGGGCAACUCGCUCCAAGGGACGCAAGAGCGGCGGCAUCGAAAGCGUCUUUGCCGAGUACUACAACGGCGGCCAGCAGCACGACGACGACCACAGUCGAGUCAUCCUCGUGGAGCCCGGCACCGGCAAUGGUGUCUUUGAGAAGGUAUCGGCGCAAAGCCGUGUGAGCGACGACAACAACAAUCCCACCACCGCACAAGCAGUCCAUGGAGUCGAAGUCCACCACCCCUUCAACCAUGCUGCCGAUGCGAGCUGGCCGCUCACGGCAGAAGGAGGCUCUGAAGCAGCGCUGCGGCACGGAAUGGCACCACAGCACGACGACACCGACACCGUCAUGGCAGGGAUGGACAUCGCGCAAGAUAACGAGAACUAUACCCACAGCCCAGAUACGAAUACGACGUACCACAGAUCGGGUGGACAGCCGAUGAGAUGA